CUGUUACUCUAAUGUUUUGUUUAUACAUAUAGGUUUGGGUUAGGUGGUCUAUGCGUGGAGGCAUUACCGAUUAAUUGCUUUAAUUUUACUGCUAGCCGUCCUUGCAUGAGAAUCUCUUUCUUAAUGUUUCAUUAUGAGUGGCUUUUUCCCUUUUUCGCUACCCUCCGAUAUUUAUCCACUUGUUUUAGGUACUUGGGCUAAGAAGACCAUAUAAUUAUAUUAUAAAUACUAUAAGUAGAUCUUUUGCAAAUGGCAUAGUCACCACUCAUUACUCAUUUGUUGUGAAUUAUUUUGUUAUUACAUGUUCUCUUCACCUAGUUUUGCUACAUUUUACUUUUUUUUUUUUUUCAAUUGUUUUCUUCCUUCAUAGCUCUAACUUAAUAGUUUUCAUCUGCCUGAAACUCUUGACUGUGUUCUAGCUCCUGUGUCCAAGGAAAAGAUCGGUAUGAUAGGAAGGCUUUUGCGUUAAACAUUGUGCUCUAAUGACUUGUUAAGAUAUUGCAAAUUACCAUGGUAAGCUUGAGAAGGCGCAGACUUUUGGGACUAUGCUCAGGGAACAGCUCCUUUGUCACUCCACUUCCUCUGUAUUGUGAGAAUUUAAUUGCUUAUGAACAAUCAACUCAGCGUGCUAAACUUAAGAGCUCAAAUCCUGUGGCAUCAGAUGAUACAAGCAUUCUGGACAGUAAUACCGUUGUGAAAGAAGAACCAGGCUCCUCCAAUGCAUCUGGCUCUAGCCCAUCAAAGGAGCAGCCCAGUGAACAAGUUUCAGGACCUCCUAUCAAGCGCAGAAAGCGGCACAGGAGAAAGAAUUCACAUAAUCAAGAAGCAUGUCUCAUGAGAGGUGUCUAUUUCAAAAAUAUGAAAUGGCAAGCAGCUAUAAAGGUGGACAAGAAACAGAUCCAUCUGGGGACUGUUAGUUCACAGGAAGAGGCUGCUCACUUGUACGAUAGGGCUGCUUUCAUGUGUGGGAGGGAGCCAAACUUUGAGCUACCAGAACCAGAGAAGCGCGAACUGCGUAAAUUCAAAUGGGAAGAAUUUCUUGCAAUGACGAGGCAGGCAAUAACCAGCAAAAAACACAAGAGAAAGAUUGGCCCGGGCUCACGCAGGUCGGAGCUUCCUCCGGUGCCGAAACAUGAAUGGGACAGUAAGCAAGGAGCAAGUGGAUCCUCUGCUUGCGAAGAUGUAGAGCAAGAAUUAUCAGUCCCUUGA